AUGGCGUUCAACUUCAACUGGUCGCCUUUAAUGGCAGACGCGGGUUUCUACACUCGCGCUCAAGAUCUGCUCACGGCCGCCCUCAAUAAGUCGCCCAAACCCCCCAUCAUCGUCGAUGACAUCCACGUCACCGAACUCAACCUGGGCUCCAUCCCACCGGACCUGGAAAUCCUGGAAAUCGGGGACUUGGCCGAGGAUCGCUUUCGCGGGAUCUUCAAGAUGUCGUAUACCGGCGACGCUUUCCUCACACUGAAGACCCGAGUCCAGGCAAAUCCACUGAAUACUUUCCUCCUUACACGGCCGACCUUUGGGUCGCCCGUGCCUCUGGCUGCCGCUACACCGCUCACGAUACCUCUGCAAAUCACCUUGUCGGAUUUCAAACUGUCUGGAUUCGUGAUACUGGUGUUUUCGAAACAAAAAGGCAUUACAGUCGUCUUCCGCAACGAUCCCCUAGAAUCGCUUAAGGUUUCAUCGACAUUUGAUUCCAUCCCCUUCGUGCGCGACUUCCUGCAAAAAGAGAUUGAGGCUCAGCUCCGGAUCUUGUUCAUGGACGAACUUCCCGCUAUCAUUCAUCGACUAUCGCUCCGGUUAUGGGUGCCCGAAUACCGCACCGGGGAGGAAAUGAACGACGAAACCGAUAACACAACCGCCACAAGUGAAGGCCCCGGUCAGGACCCCCUCGCGAGCCCGCCCCAAGACCCCGUCGACUCUCUCGGAAACGCUCUGAAUGAAUCCGAAAUCGCAUCGCUCUCCUUGGACUCUUCCGUCGAAACCCAUUCCCUGUUCUCGCAGAAGAACCUCCUUCGCCUCGCCGCUCUGACCGAUUCGCAACGCACACUAUCACUGUUCACGCCCUCCAUCAAUGAAGUCGUGUAUCGAGCAUGGACCUCUCCCACCGACACGAGCGAGCUCCCCUCCAGCGUUGUUUCGCCGCUCAGCCCAAAUCUGUCUCGUACACACUCGCACAUCGGUAGCAUGUCCUCCUUCCACGAAACCGCCAGCACCGUGUCCAUGAGUCGUUCAUCCUCCACACCAAGUCACGCUUUCAGCUCCAGCACCUAUGGCCUGAGUCUGGGUGCGGGUCGUCACUCCAAGGCCCACUCACGCAAGCGCAAGAAGCGCGUGGUUGACCUGCGCCGCCCCAAGACCACCGAUGACGCCAUGAGCGUCAGCGACGAGAGUGUUAUCACCGAGUCAUCCAGACCCCCGUCCAUUGCCUCGGCACCUCUCCCCAUCGUCAACGAACAGUCUGAUGACCCGGUGACACCACCUUUCUCCCCGCAAAGCGAUUUCCAUCUCCCCGCGAUCCCGGAGAGACAUCGAUCCAGCCUGUCUCGCCCAAACCGCGACCUCUCCUACUCCCACGAAACAAUCCGCGCACCCAAGGCCGAGGACGUGGACGCCACUCCCCGUGCCACCGUACGCGGUGUCACCCACGAGAAGGCCGAAGCGGGGCCUUCUCGCCCAUUACCCUCGGCUGCUCUUCCGUUCACGGAAGAGAAGUCCAGUGACGGCGUCGACUCCGUCCUAGUUGAAAAACUAGCUGGUGAAAUCGCGCGUCGAAUGCGCGAGGAUAAAAUGAUGACCAAUGCCUGCAGUGGCUUCUGGACUCGUCAGCAUGAAGAUGCCCCUCCUCCGGCCUAUGGCCACUGA